CUAUAAAGCGCUAGGGUUUUACGCCUCUCCGCCCCCCUCCCCACGCCGCCACUGCCCCCCCAACCAGCCCGCGCGCCUCCGCCUCGAACCCUAGCGGAGCAACGAAGGAAUGGGGAAGGGUACCGGCAGCUUCGGCAAGCGCCGGAACAAGACGCACACGCUCUGCAUCCGGUGCGGCCGCCGCAGCUUCCACCUCCAGAAGAGCACCUGCUCCUCCUGCGGGUACCCCGCCGCCCGCAUCCGCAAGUAUAACUGGAGCGUGAAGGCCAUCAGGCGCAAGACCACUGGAACAGGAAGGAUGAGGUACCUGCGACACGUGCCUCGCCGUUUCAAGAGCAACUUCAGAGAAGGGACUGAGGCUACCCCCAAGAAGAGUGCUGCUGCUGCCAACUAAGUCUGGAUGUUGCCAUUGAAGAACCUCGGAAGCUAGAAGUUGGGAACUUUUUUGGUUGAAUUGUACUGCCUGAACUCUAUUUAGCCGUAAUACUAUGAAAGCACUGGUUUGCCGUACUUUUAAAUUAAAGUCAGACGAACAUCCGAAUUCGUUGCUCCGGGGUUAGUAGCAGUGCAUGGUUUUCUGAGCAAUUAGCACUGGUUUUGCCGUACCUUUAAAUUAAAGUCAGACGAACAUCCGAAUUCGUUGCUCCGGGGUUA